AGUGGAUGGUUCCAUCGUUGCCUGUCUUUGCCGCCAUCUUCGACCACCAAGAAAUAUUUUUCCGAAGAACAUGAGCAGUCAGGCGUCUAGUAUAAACGCAGUCAGGGAUAAGUUAGAGGCUAUAGAAUAUCCUUACUGCGAUGAUGUGUCCAAAUAUGAGAAACUGGCCAAGAUCGGACAGGGCACGUUUGGGGAGGUGUUCAAGGCCAGGCACAGGAAAACCAAGCAGUUUGUGGCCCUGAAAAAGGUGCUGAUGGAGAAUGAGAAGGAAGGGUUUCCCAUUACAGCUCUGAGAGAGAUCAAGAUUCUUCAGAUGGUGAAGCAUGAAAAUGUUGUGCAGCUGCUGGAGAUCUGCAGAACUAAAGCGUCCCCUCUAAAUCGCUUCAAAGGCAGUAUUUACCUGGUGUUCGAUUUCUGCGAGCACGACCUGGCGGGGCUGCUGAGUAACGCUAAUGUCAAGUUCACCCUCAGUGAGAUCAAGAAGGUGAUGCAGCAGCUCCUGAACGGCCUGUACUACAUCCACAGGAACAAGAUACUGCACAGGGACAUGAAGGCUGCUAACAUACUGAUCAACAAACAUGGUGUGCUGAAGCUGGCUGACUUUGGACUGGCCAGAGCGUUCAGUGUGACCAAGAGUGGACAGGCUAACAGAUACACCAACAGGGUGGUAACACUAUGGUAUCGGCCUCCUGAACUGCUGCUUGGUGAGCGGAAUUACGGUCCUCCCAUAGACCUGUGGGGGGCCGGCUGUAUCAUGGCAGAAAUGUGGACCAGAAGCCCCAUCAUGCAGGGUAACACAGAACAGCAUCAAUUGACUCUAAUCUCCCAGCUCUGUGGCUCUAUAAGUGCCGAGGUCUGGCCUAGUGUGGAAAAACUGGACCUCUUCUCCAAGCUGGAACUGCCAAAAGGACAGAAGAGAAAAGUCAAGGAGCGUCUGCGAGCUUAUGUCAAGGACCCUUACGCUCUAGACCUGAUAGACAGACUCCUGACUCUGGAUCCCACCAAGAGAAUAGACAGUGACGAUGCCCUGAAUCAUGACUUUUUCUGGGAGGACCCCUUACCAGUGGACCUUCAGAAGAUGUUGUCAAUGCACAACACGUCUAUGUUUGAGUACUGGGCACCACCAAGAAGAAGAGGGCAUGCGCACGGGCCACAGGCUCCUGGGAGAAACCAGCCGGCUAACAAUGAUGCCACUUACGAUAGAGUCUUUUGAAAGAGUUAUCUUCCCACUGCAGAAAAUGAUGCGACGUAUGAUAAGAGUCUUCUGAAACAGUUAUCUUCCCACUGUUGAAAAAGCUCACACACGCAUCCCACUUCUGACACAUGUGUCAGGAGGCAUAGUCUCAAUGUAUGUUUCUAACUCUUUAAAUCAACCAAAAUCUACUACUAACACAUGGACCUUCCACCAUCCUGGACUCUCCACCAGUGAGGCUUCCCUCUGUAUCUAGGUCAAUUUGGGCACUUCUAAAUCCUUAUCAGUGACCCAUCACACCUUGCUUUUCUUGUUGUUACUUAUACUAGUAGUUACCAAGGUUAUUGAAGACAAUAGAUCCCAAAAGGAAAUGCAAUAUGUCACAUAUACAAAAUGGAUAAUAGCUGCAUCUCUAUUCAUGAUUCAAGUAUAUAUGCAGCCAUACCAUCAAGGGAACACAAAAGAUAUUGUCAUGUACACUUUAUUGUAAAAACACAAACAGCUGCCAUAAGGUUGUUUGGUAGACUUAUUACAAUUAUGAAAGUGUAGUAUUAAAUAAAAGUUAAGUUCCUGGAUGUGGGAUCAAGCAUAUUUUGACAAGUUAAUAAAAAACUAAUUGUGUGUAAACUUACUUUUGUUAAUAUGCUACCAAGUAAGUCGGGAACAUUUCCUUUCUACUACAGGUACCAUUAAUUAUGAUUGUUAGCCCUUCCUACAUUGUAUAUUCCUGUAGACAAUACCUCAUGUAUACUUUUGGGUAGGCAAAAAAAUGACUACUGAAAGCAGAAUGUACAUUGUAUAUAUGGUGUAAAUUAUUUUUCACCUUCAUACUUUCUCAUUUGUCCUAACGUUUGAGUAAGUACAUGUACUGGGAUGGAAAUUUACUUUUAGGAAUGUAUGUACCUGAACUAAAAAGUGACAUGUUGAUGCACGGAAAUGAUUUUUGGUUCAAAACAUAAGAUCGUGAAAAAUGAGAAGAAACAAGAUAGAGCACUGAAGAAUAUGCUGUAUACUAGUGUAUAACUAUACAAUUAUCUAGGUACACCUUUGCACUCACAGUAAAAAAACUAGGUUCACAGCUCCAAUUUUGGGUGCACAGAAGUUCACAUGCACACAGUACUUUGAAUCCUUAUUUAUUACCUAGUUCUGAAGUUAUUCACCAUCAUCAUUGUAAUCAAUAGACUUACUUGAAACAGUCAAAAUUUUAUUUUCUAUCCAUGAGAAGUUGACUUGCAUAAAAAAGACACACUGUGGUGUACGAACAUUCCUUCAAUACAACAUGUGACUUUAGCUGUUUUGAUGGUAAUGUUUUUCUGAGUUUGCCUUCUAUGACUACCAUUUCCCUAGGUAUCAUUAAAAGAUGUCAAUAAGAUCUUUC